CGGUCCUCCAGACAUGUGAGACACUUGAUCUUGUUCGGUCCAAAAGAAAACAACAAAACUCGCGGAACAGACACGAGAGGAUAGCGGAGCCCCCCUCCAAAAAACGACUGGAUUAUAUUUCACCGAGCUGAACCCAACCGGUCCACAAAUGAGCAACAGAUGAUCUUGAUGAGGUCCAGUCAGCUGAUGAAAGGGGAGUGACCGCUUCAUCCUAUUCUCGUUGCGCUCCAUCUGAGGCUGAAGAGGCGUCCCUUCAGCCCGCCUCACACCGUCACCAUUUCCUCUCCGAGUUGGUCCCCCGAAAGCGUUUCAAAACUGUUUCUCCAACGCUUUUUCCAGAAACUCAGACUGUUUUCCAAAGCAGAAGCAGCACAGCCCUCCCAGACUGAGGUGAUGGGAAGUGUGCGAGCCAGCCGCUACAGCAUUGUGUCAUCAGAGGAGGACGGCAUGAAGCUUGCCACUAUGGCGGUACCAAACGGCUACGGGAACGGCAAGAGCAAGGUGCAGACGAGGCACCAGCCGCAGAGCCGAUUCGUAAAGAAAGACGGUCACUGCAACGUGCAGUUCAUCAACGUGAGCGAGAAGGGUCAGCGGUACUUGGCUGACAUCUUCACAACGUGCGUGGACAUCCGCUGGAGGUGGAUGUUCAUCAUAUUCUGCCUCGCCUUCCUCCUGUCGUGGCUCUUCUUCGGCUGCGUCUUCUGGCUGGUGGCCAUCUUCCACGGGGACUUGGAGAACGACGCCCAGAAGUGCGUCUCCAAUGUGAGCAGCUUCACCGCUGCCUUCCUGUUCUCCAUUGAGACUCAAACCACCAUUGGCUACGGCUACAGAUACGUGACAGACGAGUGUCCUGUCGCCGUUUUCAUGGUGGUUUUCCAAAGCAUCAUUGGCUGCAUCAUCGAUGCUUUCAUCAUUGGCGCCGUCAUGGCAAAAAUGGCGAAACCCAAGAAGAGGAAUGAGACUUUGGUUUUCAGCCAUAAUGCCACGGUGGCCAUGAGGGACAACAAGCUCUGCCUGAUGUGGCGUGUGGGCAACCUGAGGAAGAGUCACCUGGUCGAGGCGCAUGUUCGGGCGCAACUUCUGAAAUCCCGGACGACGGCAGAGGGGGAGUACAUCCCGCUCGACCAGAUGGACAUAGACGUGGGCUUCGACAGCGGAGUCGACCGCAUCUUCCUGGUGUCCCCAAUCACCAUCGUCCAUGAGAUCGACGAGGACAGCCCGUUCUACGACAUGAGCAAACAGGACUUGGAGAACUCUGAGUUUGAAAUCGUGGUCAUCCUGGAGGGCAUGGUGGAGGCCACCGCCAUGACCACGCAGUGCCGCAGCUCCUACGUGGCCGGCGAGAUCCUCUGGGGCCAUCGGUUCGAGCCGGUGCUCUUUGAGGAGAAGAACUACUACAAGGUGGACUACUCCCGUUUCCAUAAGACAUACGAGGUGCCGAGCACCCCUCUGUGCAGCGCCAGAGACCUCGCAGAGAAAAAAUUCAUCCUCUCAAACUCCAACUCCUUCUGCUACGAGAACGAGAUGGCGCUGGAGAACAAAGAGGACACGGACGAGGGGAACGGGGGCAGCGUUGGGCCCGACGGCACCCAGACGGACAACAUCUCAGAGAAUGAGCACAGCCAAGCGACGGUGCCGCUGGAGCCCCGGCCUCUGAGACGAGAAUCAGAAAUAUGACUGCUCAGAAGUCAGACCUCACAUGAGGGAUUUCCUAAAAUCACCUCUCUGCUCCGAAAGGCACAACGAGCCGAGCUGGGCCUUGGGUAGAGGACGAGCCGAACGGUACUGCUGUGGGAAAAGCAGCAAAGGACUUUGUAUGUAAGAACUUUGGACUGCAUACAGUAUGACAAAACACAGCACUAUGAACCAUGUGCAUAUUGCAGGAAGAAUUCUCCACAAAGUCCCCAUGAAUGUGUGCUCAGUGUCUGGUGACUGCAAGACUACGGAGAGGACGAAAAGAUGUUGUGAUGACUUGAAAAUUGCAGGCAUGUUUCAGUUUCUCUGUCCGGCGUGAACCUUUCAGGAAGCUUUUGUUUUUAUAGUUAGAACAUGUUCACAAGUGCUGCUAGAAGAUAGUCGUAGAACCAAAGAGUACACGAAAGGCAGAUGUCUGGAACAACGAAGGUACAAGUAUUUGUUCACGAGCUGGUCUCAUCGCAGACAUCCUAAAUAAACUGCACCGGAAACUUUCUGUAUGCAACAACAAAAAAAACAGCACUGAUUUUCUGAGCUUUACCCUUUUUGCAGUUAUUGAUCUGACGACUGUUCAUUGCUGGUCAGACUGAUGGAAACAUGCCUGCUCGUGUCAAGAGAUUGGGAGUAUUAAUGGCAAACUGACGGAUAUAAAUCUAAUUUAAAGAGACCGGGGUAAUACGAGAAUCUGAAUGUUCUUAAAAGUGCUGCUACGAUGUUGCUUCUUUUUUUUUCUUUUUUUUUUACGAUUGAUAAAAAAAUACCAAAGAGUAUUAUUAUCAUAGUUAUGUGUUUCUUAAAAACAACACCUGCUUAGAUUUGGUACAGAGAAGUUUAGAGAGUUUUACGAAGGUUUGUUUUUCAAGAAUGUGUGUACAGUUUUUUUAUUUUAUGUCUAUUAUUUUGAGCCACUUCAUCAAGCCUUAAUCUGGAAAAAGUAAAGAUGUUUAAAGCAACCAAAGUGACAAAGGCUUUCCUGCAGAGGACAGUAAACAGGAAGUUCUGUAGUGUUUGCUGAUUUAAAACUUGCUGAUUUUUUAGGCGUCGACUUGAACCAAAAUAUUUAAACCCAAACUUGCUUUAAAGGGUUUUAAAAUAAAACAAGGAAUGUGAUAAACUCUGCAAACUCUCCUUUCUAUAUCUGAUACAGUGUUAUGAUUGGAGAUUGUUUAAAAAAAAAAAGCAAAAAUCUCCAAGUAAAACAUUUCAAUGCCACUUUUUUUUUUU